CCGAAAUUGAAGUUUCACAUUUGAUUCGUAUCUACCAUACAUACUCUUUAUCUCUUUUCGUAAUGACAUUUGUGUGAGAUUUGAUGGUUCAAAGAGAAAAUUGCACGCUACACCAGGUGCAAAUACUCAGGCAAUUUAUGAUAGCCUUACCUACUUCGUCUACGAUACGAUUGUCAACAGGAUUCCUAUGACCGGACUAGCAACAACAACGUUGUGCAAACUACCGUUUGGAUUCGGUCUAACCAUUGCAUACGUGAUAUAUCACUACUUCGCUUAUGUUUGCCUCUACUCGUCUACCCUUGUUUCCGUGCUGCGACUUAUAGCAGUUAUUGAACCCGUCGAUGCUGAGAAGAACGAAUGUGAUAAGUCUAAAAAAGAAAAUCUCAAAAGCAAAAAUAAUAGUAUUUUCUCAGUGUUUAGUCAGUCUUACAAAGAAGCUCGACAAGGAACUCACGGAGUGCUAAGGAGGAUUGAAAAUCUUCUUGUGAUAGAAGUUCAAAGAUACAGAUCGUUAGCCUUCAUAACAAUUGCUUUGUCUCACAUUAGACGACGCAGAUUUUAG